AGCACGUAUCUGACGUCGUAUCUGACGUCGAGCGCUGCAGUUGCGUUCCCUCUGCUGGAAAACAAGGAAACAGGAAUCAUCAGCCUUGGCGUCCAUGUUGGCGCCGCCAUGGUUCUGUGGCAGAUCCACACCCUCGACCACCUGGACACGUCUGGCUUCGGUCGUCCUUUUCCUCGCCACGGCCUCCAGCUGCUGUUUUGGUUCUCCAACCACUGCGUGACCUUUGAACCGGAGAACUCAGUGGACGUCAUGAAGCUGGUGUCGGGGUGUCAGCCGGAGAACGGGGCCUACGGCUUCCACAGGUUUGGGAACAUGGAGGAACUUCUGCCUGCUCUCCACAAACCCAAGAAGAACAAGAGCACCAGGCAGAGGUCGGGUUCACUCCCUCUCUCCUCCCUCCAGCUGGUUUACUUCGUGGUCGGGAACCUGAGCAUCCAGUCCUACCCGCAGUCCGCCGACCUGCCGGCGUUCGUCCGGGAGAACCUCGGGGCGGACGGCGUCUCCAACAGCGACCGCAUCAUCAUCAGUUACCAGGUGAAGACCCGGCUGGUCGACAAGGUCUACGUCACAGAACACGACGACGCCGACGCUGGACGGUUCCGAUCCGAUGGAACUCAUGAGGUCAGCUCACAACUGAUCCGACUUCUGCAGAACCCGCAGCUGGACCUCAGCUCCCUCCUCACGCAGAUGGGUUACUAUGACGACGUAGAGAUGCUCCAGGACGCGCCGGACCCAUCGGUCCAGAUGAUGCUGAACAUGAUGCAGAACGUUCCGACCGGGUUCUUCUCCCAGGCCUUCAGUCGCCAGUUGGACCUGGACCGGUUCUGCUCCAGCACCAACACAGACGGCAGCGGGAGCCUGGUGUGUUACACUCCGCUGCAGAAGAGGAAGAGGAAGAAGAAGAAAAGCAGCAAGAAACCGAAACCUCGGAGGGAAGUUUCCUGGCGCUCCAGCUGGUCGGAUCCGUACCGAGAUUAUGAUGAAGAUUACUGGAUAAGAUCCAGUUAUGGAUCUGGUUAUGGAUCUGGUUAUGGAUCUGGAGGCAGCUAUGGUAAAGGCGGCGGCGGUGCAUUUUCCUGGUUCCUGAAACUCGUCCUGAAAGCCGGAGCGCUCUGCCUGGCAGCCAGAUGUUUGUUCUGGUUGGUCAGGAACAUCUGGAGCUCGAACUGGGAUGACGAGCUCCUCCAGCGGAUUCCAGGCUGGACCUCUCCGUAUCCCAGCAAACAAAUGAUCGUCCAGUCAGGCUGCUUCAGCACCGGUCAGCUUCCAGAGACGAAGUUAAAAAUGAAGUUAAAAUCUGUUUACAAUCCUGGACGGUUUGGAAAGCUCAGUUUCUAUCCCAGAAGUGAAUUUAGAAACAGAUGCAAACUGCCUUCUUGUAGUUCUUGUCAGGUUUUAUCUCAAAGGAGAAAAUGUCUCCUUGGUCCGUCCGUCUGUCUGUCCAUCGUUUCAUUCAUUCAUUUUCUAACACCCUUGUCCCUACUGGGGUCAGCAGGGUGCUGGUGCCGAUCUCCAGUGAACGUUUUGGGCGAGAGGCGGGUUCACCCUGGACAGGUGAACCUUGGUAAUUCAGGUUUGGUCUCCUAAACCCCAAGCCAAUUUUUUUUAGAUA